UGAGAUAGACCGAUUGUCUCGCCAUAUAUACAUUACAAUGUUGCUAAGGUAGAUCAAAGAAAUCAUCACCGGAAACCCAAUUUGAGGAAAAUGGGUUCCCAAAAGAUCCAAUUCCUGAUCAUUUUCUUGCUUGUAGGUCCACUAACAUGCCUAUCUUUUACCCUCCCAGAUGAAUACUCUAUAGUGGGCAAUGACCUUCAUGAGCUGCUAUCUGAGGAACGUGUCAAAGAACUCUUUCAGCAAUGGAAAGAAAAGCACAGAAAGGUUUACAAGCAUGUAGAGGAAGCAGAAAAGAGGCUAGAAAACUUUCGAAGGAACUUGAAGUAUGUAGUGGAGAAGAAUCAGAAGAAGAAAAACUUGGGCUCAGCGCAUACAGUUGGAUUGAAUAAGUUUGCUGAUAUGAGCAACGUGGAGUUUAGGCAAAAGUAUCUUUCAAAAGUGAAAAAACCCAUCAAGAAACGGAACAAUAAUUUAAUGACCAGCAGGCAGAGAAAUUUACAAUCAUGCGUUGCUCCUUCAAGCUUGGAUUGGAGAAAGAAAGGAGUUGUUACUCCAGUUAAGGAUCAAGGAGAUUGUGGAAGCUGUUGGGCAUUCUCUUCCACUGGAGCAAUCGAAGGAAUAAAUGCCAUUGUCACCGGAGACCUCGUUAGCCUUUCUGAACAAGAACUUAUGGAUUGUGAUACAACCAAUUACGGUUGUGAUGGUGGCUAUAUGGACUACGCUUUUGAAUGGGUUAUAAACAAUGGUGGGAUUGAUACAGAAAUCGAUUAUCCUUAUACAGGUGUGGAUGGUACCUGCAACAUCGCCAAGGAAGAAACAAAAGUUGUAUCCGUUGAUGGAUACGAAGAUGUAGCUGAAUCAGAUAGUGCUCUCUUGUGUGCUACUGUUCAGCAGCCUAUUAGUGUCGGUAUCGAUGGUUCUGCAAUAGAUUUUCAACUGUACACAAGUGGAAUCUACAAUGGUAGUUGCUCUGAUAAUCCAAAUGACAUUGAUCAUGCUGUUUUGAUCGUUGGAUUUGGCUCUGAAGAUGGUGAAGAUUAUUGGAUCGUGAAGAAUUCAUGGGGCACAGAAUGGGGAAUAAACGGAUAUUUCUAUUUAUUAAGAGACACUAAUUUGCCAUAUGGUGUUUGUGCAGUCAAUGCUAUGGCCUCUUAUCCCACUAAAGAAUCCUCUGCACCAUCCCCGACUAGUCCUCCAUCACCACCAUCACCCCCUCCACCUCCACCCCCAACACCAGUGCCCCCACCUCCCUCACCUUCACCAAGUGAAUGUGGCGACUUCUCUUAUUGUCCAACUGACGAGACAUGUUGUUGCCUUUAUGAAUUCUUUGAUUUCUGCUUAGUCUACGGUUGCUGUCCGUACGAGAAUGCUGUUUGCUGCACUGGCACAGAAUAUUGUUGCCCCAGUGAUUACCCAAUUUGUGAUAUUAAAGAAGGGCUCUGUCUUCAGAACCAAGGAGAUUACUUGGGAGUAGCUGCAACGAAGAAGCAUAUGGCUAAACACAAGCUUCCCUGGAGCAAGCUAGAAGAAAGCAAGCGAGAGAGAACAUACCAACCUCUCAUGUGGAAGAGGAACCCUUUUGCUGCAAUUCGCUGAAAGAAGAAAAGCUGAUGGCCCGUUAAGUAAUUGAAGGUCUUCGCAAUUAUUUUAAUUAAAUUUACCGCAUAGGCAGACAUUCAGUAAUCCUGCUACAAUUAUUGGUUUAUGAACAUUAAACGAAUGUAGCAAGAAAAACUAGAAGUAAAGAAGAAAAGGGGAAAUUGAGUAUGGCGUUCUCUUGGAUGAUCGACUGGAUGGAAACUGGAUUUGUUAGUAAGACUUCUUUCAUGUAUUUUCUCAUGGCUUACAGCUCAUUUCAAGCCAUGCUCUGUAUUGUUGUCCAGGACUUGUAAUAUACUUCAGUAUAUGGUUUUAAAAUAAGAGAUUCUGUUUGGAAGUUUA